UUUGUAUUGACAUGCGACUGUCAAAUUUUACUCUUAGUUAAUUUAACCGAAAUCAAAGAUCAAAAAGUGAUAAAAAGUAAUUAAAACAGUAUUUAUUCGUUGUAAAUAAUUGCAUUAUAGUUUCUUGACAAUGGCAACCGAGAAGGAUUUAAUAAACGGAAGUUCAAGCAAGAAAAAAUAUGAAUUUACGGAUGGAUUAUUGCAAGAUGCAAAACGAACAAAAUUUAAAGAUUCUGUUUCUCGACAAGAUGCCCUAUUGCCAGCAAGUUUUCCUCUUUCCGAAAUUCAAAUAUGUAAAUGCAGUCAUCAAUGUCAUAAACUUACAAUUGACGAUAAACGAAAUCUCUUCGAUUUAUUUAACGAGAAAACGUUUGAAGAACAAUCGCAGUAUAUUAUCAAUUGUAUGGAUUUAAUUGAGACGAAAAAAAAGAAAGAGAAAAUAAUUACCCAAAGACAAUCGGUAUUCCACUAUAAAUUACAAAUUGGAACGAAAAUUGUGUUGGUUUGUCAAAAGACUCUUUGUUACGUUCUCGGUGUAACGCAACGAAGAAUACAAAUAAUACAAAACAAAAUAAGAUCAGAUAACAAAAAAAUGUCGCUCACGAUUAAAAAUGAAAUGAACGAUAAUUUAUUGUAUAAUUUUAAUCAAGAAAUUUCUUUAGAAUUGAAAGAAAAUAAUUUAAAUACUGACAAUGUUGUUAGUUCGAUAUUAAAUUCUGAUCGACAAUUAAUGGAUACGAAAAUAUGUCAAUUGUUAUUGAAUGAAAAAUAUCCAAAAAUACAAAUUUCUGGUCAAAAUUACGAUCUAUUGACACAGGCCAAUAGUUUUGAUUCAAAUGAAAAUGAGUUUGAGGAAGAUGUUGAUGAUCCAGUGAAUGAUCAAUUAGUUGAUGGGGUUAAUUUUCCCCUAAUUGAAAUUCAGUCGGAAACUGUACGGGACUCUUUGGAAGCCGAUGGACAACUUGGAAGAAUUAAAGCCGAAAUGAGAACUGAAGUGAUGAAACUUUUGGAUGGUUCUAGUAAAUCUAGCAGAGUAAAGAGACCAAAAUCACCGCACGAUGUGCUUUUUUUGAACGAAUUGAUUAGAGAAUAUUUUGAUUGGAUUGGCUACAAAUACACAACAAAUGUUUUCGUUACUGAAUGUGAAUUGGGAAAACAACCUCUGGACCGAUCGUUCCUUGCGCAAGAUUUGGGAGUUAAGGAAACGGAAAAAAGCAAAAGUCUACCAUUGUUAUUUUGUAUAAUUCAAGCCUUCAAAGAAUUGAAAGUUUCGACGAUGAGUUCCUGUUAAAAAAAAUCUUUUACAUUAUUAAUUGUUCCUACUAAGUGACAGUGAAAUUGAUAAAUUCGAUCUCGUACUUUUAAGAGAACUAUUUUUUUUUAAAUAUAAUAUUUUUUUUUCUAAAAUAUUCUAAAUUAAAGAAUUGUGAUUAAUAAUAUUGAACUAAGAAUUAAAUAAACAAAACC